AGUGCGCCCUCAAGAAUAUGACGUCAGCUCCAGCUGUUUUUUCUUUCGGCUAUUGACUGGGCAAGAUGGCGGAAUCAAUUGCAGUACAAGCGUGUAGAAAGCGAGUGGACGAUUCCGUGACUUCCAUGGUCAAUGACUUGGACCAGGAGGCUUUUAGACAAAUGCAGAAAAACAUGUAUUUGCAAAGUGCUAGAUGCUGUGACAACACUCAUGCUAGUAUGCCCGAGGUGCAGCAGUGCAUCGAGAGGUGUUCCCAACCAUUGCAAGCUGCUCAAAACUAUAUGCAGUCUGAAAUGAGUGAUUUUAUGGACAGAUUACAGCGAUGCGGCAUGCAAUGUCAAGACAAUGUUAAAGAUCGCAUCCACCCGUCUGCAUCCCCGCUCGAGGUUGACAAACUCAAAGGGGAGCUGGAAAAUUGCGUCAUUCAGUGCGGAGAUAAACACAUCAGUCUGCUGCCCAUUAUGAAAAAAAGAAUGUUAGAGAAUCUAUCAAAGUAUCGCUGAUUGAACGCCGGGUUUCGGAGAUGGGUAAAAAUUAAAGAUGCUGCAGUAGUGUGGAGCUUGGUUCAGAGUUCCCCCGAGAUGUCUUAAAGAAUGUGCAUGUGAUUAGAUGAACUGUUUGGUUUUUCAUGGCAGCUCAAGGUUUGGGUACUUUCACAUGGCAAUGGUUAUUUCAUUUCUGGUGACUGAAAGAUACCUUUUAGGGUCAGGGAUUGAAGGGGGUGAGGUUACUUAAGCACUUUCACACUACUUUAUUUCCCGGGGUUGCCCCCAACGGAAUAACAGCCGGCCUUUUCACACUUAGUCGCUUUACCCCUGGUCUGCCCCGGCAAACUGGCAUACCCCGGGGAAUAGCCACCCCUGCACUGUAGAAGGAGUAAGCGGUAAAAUCCGUGGGUACUCUUGAAACGUGCAGCCGGAACCCUGUGGAAUAGGGGUCCAAGGCGGGGACAGUGUGAAAGUGCGCUGGGGUAACUUUUGGUUACAAAAACACUGGGGGCCUCCCCAGGGCUGUAUUCCACAGGGAUAAGGGAUACAGUGUUCAA